AUGAAAUGUGUCACCGUCGCCGCCACCCUCCGUCUCUACUUCCACGACUGCAUGACUGGAGGCUACAAUAAAUCUAUUCUCAUCGACUCAACUUCUGACAAUCAGGCUGAGAACAAACACGAAGACAACAUUUCAGUCCCCGGCGACGCUUUUUAUAUCAUCUUUAGAAUCAAGACGGCGUUGGAGAUGAUCUGCCGUGGCGUUGUCUCAUGUGCUGAUGUUCUCACCGCCGCCACACGUAACCUUGUGGUGAUUGUUGGUGGAACUCAUUACCCCGUCCACCUCGGCCGCAAAGACGGCCUGUUUUCUAACGCCUCCCAUGUCACCGGAAGUCUUCCACAUGAAGGCAUGAAUGUAGAUCAAAUGAUUGAAUAUUUUGAGCACAGGGGCUUCGGCACUCAAGAAAUGGUGGUUCUGUUGGGCGCACACACAAUUGGUUUCGCAAGCUGCAAGAAAUUCAGCAAGAGGCUGUUUAAGUUCUCCGCCGAAGGGGCUGGCUUUUGGUGA